AUGAUAAAUUUUCCGUGUGGUGUAUGUGGAAAGUCUGUUAAUUCAAAUCAUAAGGCUAUUCAGUGUGAUAUUUGUAAAUUCUGGAUUCAUAUUAAAUGCAAUGGUCUCAAUGCUGAUGAUUAUAUAUCUCUCCAAAACUCUGAUGAACUUUGGUUCUGUUGUAAAUGUAUCAACAAAAUUCUCCCCUUUGGCUCAACAACUCCCCCCUUAGUUUAUGACAAGAGUCUUUCCUCUAUGGAAAUGAAAAGGUUUCUCUCCCAGCUCAACUCUAUUGAAAUCAACGAGGUCCCCCAUCCUGAAACCAUGGGUGGUGUCAACUGCAAAUAUUACGAUCCAAUUGAAUUCUCUGCCCUUCAAGUUAAUUCUGAUAAAUUCUCCCUUUUUCAUAUGAAUAUCGCCUCUCUGUCUAAACAUAUUGAUGAACUAAAGAUUCUGUUAGGUCAACUUGGGCAUGACUUCAGUGUUAUUGGUAUCACUGAGACCAAAUUCCAGACUAAAAUCCCACCUAUUAACUGCGAUCUAUCGGGUUAUUCCUUCACGCACACACCUACUGAAGGUGAAAAGGGUGGUGCUCUUUUGUACAUCCCUAAUCACUUGCAAUUUAUUGAACGUCCCGACCUGGAUACUCUUGCAUAUAAAAGCAAGGAGCUUGAAUCUAAAUUCAUUGAAAUUAUACGGGCCAAAGAUAGAAACAUGAUUGUUGGAUGCAUCUACAGACAUCCCUCGAUGUCUGUUGAUGAGUUCAACAAUCAUUUUUUAUUGCCUCUUCUUGAGAAAGCGUCUUCAGAUAACAAGUCUAUCUUCCUCCUUGGAGACUUUAAUAUUGACCUUCUAAAGUCUGAAACAGUCAAAGAAGUGUCCGAUUACAUCGAUAUUACUUCGCAAUUUAACUUACUCCCGCAUAUAAUUCUUCCCACAAGAGUUACUGAAGUUUCUAGCACGAUUAUUGAUAAUAUUUAUUUUAGUUCAGCCAAGUGGGACACUGUGUCUGGUAAUAUUAUAAGUUCAAUAUCUGACCAUUUCCCUCAGUUCUUAGUCUUAAAAAACUUGUCUGCAAUCAAUCCUUUGCACACCUCUGAUGAUAUAUUUGUUCAUGAUUGGAAGAAAUUUCAUCACAAUGACUUUCUCACCGAACUUCACAAUAAAAAUUGGGAUGAUAUCCUACAAUUGAAUGUAGAUGAUCCCAACUUAUCGUUUAACAAUUUUUACAAUUGUAUCAACAGUCUAUUGGUCAAUCAUGCUCCUCUAAAAAAAACAUGCAACAAAAAAAGAAAAAAAAAAUCCAAUCCUUGGAUUACUAAUGGUAUCCUUACCUCAAUAAUCAAAAGAGACCAUCUGCAUAAAUGCUUUUUAAGAGAGAAAGAUCCACUUUUAAAGUCUUCCUUGCUAGAGAGUUUUAAAAAGUACCGCAACAAAAUUGUAUCUCUAUGUAGAAUGAGUAAGAGUAAUUUCCUCAAUAAAUAUUUUAGCAAUAACCAAAAAAAUAUUGGCAAUAUUUGGAAAGGGGUUAAAAAUAUUAUUUCUGUUCGUUCUUCUGUUUCUGCUUCUCCCACCUGUAUGAACAUUAAUAACUCUGUUGUAACUGAUCCAGUGACAAUUGCUAAUUCUUUUAAUGAUUACUUUGCUUCAAUUGCAGAUAACAUCAGAAUGAAUAUCCCGUUCACUCGAAAACAUUUCUCCUCUUUUCUAAAAAAUUCUACUUCUAAUUCGAUGUUUCUUUCACCAACUGAUGAUUUAGAAGUUCUGCAUUGCAUUUCUUCCCUUGACCCUGGUAAAUCUUCUGGGCCAUUCAGUAUUCCUGCCCAUAUUUUAACUCUUGUUAAAUCUGAAUUAUCUAUACCACUUUCAAAACUUAUUAAUUUGUCUUUCACAACUGGUAUUUUACCUACAAACCUAAAAACUGCCAAGACCAUCCCUAUUUAUAAAAAAGGGUCCAAAUUAGAAUUAACAAAUUACCGACCUAUAUCCUUACUCUCAAAUAUUGAUAAAAUAUAUGAAAAAAUCAUAUACAAACGAGUGUAUGGUUUUCUCGAAGCAAACAACGCCCUCUACAAGCAUCAAUUUGGCUUUAGGAAAAAUUACUCGACUUCUCAAACACUUCUGAACAUCUCUCAAAAAAUUAUGGAUGCUCUUGAUAAAGGAAAUUAUGCAUGUGGAGUGUUCAUUGAUCUUCAAAAGGCUUUUGAUACGGUUGAUCAUGAAAUUUUGCUUAAAAAGCUUUUUCACUAUGGAAUUCGUGGUACCCCACUCUCACUAUUUAAGUCUUACUUAACAGGACGUCAACAGUUUGUAUCCAUCAAUGGAAAUAUAUCAACUAGUAAUCUUAUCAGGCAUGGUGUCCCUCAGGGCUCUGUUUUAGGACCUCUUUUAUUUUUAAUUUAUAUUAACGACCUGCAUUGUUCAAUUAAUUUUUCUUUGGUGCAUCACUUUGCUGAUGACACCAAUCUCUUAAACUUCAGUAAAUCUUUGAAACAACUGGCCAAACAAAUGAAUUUUGACCUCAAGCUUCUUUGCCAUUGGCUCAAUGCCAAUAAAAUUUCUCUUAAUGCUAGUAAGACUGAGUACAUUGUUUUUAAACAUACACGGAAACCUCUUAAUUACGAUUUUAGGCUUUUUAUCAAUGGUAAAAGGCUUAUACCUAGUAAUUGUAUUAAAUAUCUUGGUGUUCUAUUAGAUUCUGAUUUAAGCUGGAAGUCUCAGAUCAAUGAUACUGUUGCCAAGCUCAAGAGGGCCAAUGGAGCUUUAGCUAAACUUCGUCACUUUGUGCCUUUAAAUGUUCUUAUUCUAGUUUACUAUGCCAUUUUUCAUUCACACUUACUCAUGUCUUUUGAAUCUCGAAGAGCAUCAUCCAGUCACCUGUAUGGUAAUCUUGAGCUCCUCAAAUUCUCUGAUAUUGUCAAAUGUCACAAUAUUCUAUUUUUACAUAAACUAUUUCAUGAAAAAUUGCCUGCUUCUAUCCUUAAUACAUUUGCGGUUGACUUCACCCAUGCUCAAGGCACUCGGGCAGAGAAAAUUGGUUUGAUCAAUCUCCCUACCUUUAAUACUAUUUCUUUUGAACUAUCUGGACCCCCUGUUAAGAACUGUGCUAUAAAUUAUUGUAAACACACACACAAGAACAUUGACUUUGCAUACAAUUACAAAGUUAUAUGGACGGCAGAGAAAAAAGGGAACCCUAAAAAAGCCCAUCUCAGAAGGAAUUAUGGAGCCAGUGGUAAAUUAUAUCGCUCUAUCUUUAAAAUUUACAUGGUUACACAUAUUGUAAUUAAAUAUACUUCCAUCAUGUUUAUCCUCAACCUCGUUCCCAGCGCCUGUUGUCUCUUUUCUAUAGUCGGGACAGCAAGACGAACAUUAUCGCCGUCCCAAUGUCAGAAAAGAUACAAGUUGUCCUUGGGACGAGGUUGGUUCAUUCUAUCUUAUACUUUACACAGAUCUUGA